AAAUCUUUAAAAACAGUAUGUCUGAAAACAAAUCUGCUUUUAUCUUACCUCCUAUUCAUGAUAGUGAACAUGGAUGGGGACCUGCCAAUGUUAUUCCUUCUCAAUUCCGAGAUAUUCCUUAUGCCCCUUAUAGUAAAGGUGACAAACUAGGUCGUGUGGCUGAUUGGACUAAUCCUGAUGGUCAAAAACAAGACAACCGUGAAAAUACUGGUCGUCAAGGAAGAACUGGAUUCAAUCGUUUCAAUCGUGAUCAACAUCAAAGUUACGGUGCUUCUUUUGCUUCUGCCUUUGCUUACACUCAUACCGAAGACGAAUCCUCCUUCUCUGUGGUCGAUAAUCGAUCUGCUACUGUCAAGAAGAUGGCUCUUAAGGCUGCUGGUGGUAAUACUCGUGCUCGUCCUCAAAAUAAACAACAACAACAAUUACAACAACAACAACAGCAACAACAACAAGGUUAUCGUACUGUCGCUUCUCGUCCUACUGGUGGAAAACAACAAACUCAACAAGCUCGUAAACGUUAUGGUCAUCGUGAUUACGACAAACCUCAACGAGUUCGCAAUGCUUCGGUGAACAUUGGUGCUGAUUGGAAUCUUUUGGAUGAAAUUGAAUUCAGUCGAUUAAGCAAGUUGACUUUUGGUAUUCCUGAAGCUGAAGAUAUUGCUACCUUUGGAUCUAUCAAUUAUUACAACAAAUCUUAUGAUCGUGUUAAUACUCGCAACGAAAAGGCUCUUCAACAUAUCGAUCGUGUCAAGUAUGAUACCACUACAUCUGAAGAUCCUGUCAUUCAACAAUUUAUCAACGAAGACAAGGCCACUGUAUAUGCUACUGAUGCUGUAUUAUCUCUGUUAAUGUGUGCCACUCGUACUGUUUAUCCUUGGGAUAUUGUUGUCAAGAAGGAAAAUGACAAGGUGAUUUUGGAUAAGCGACCUGGCGGUGUAUUUGACUUUGUUACUGUGAACGAAAACACCAUGGAUCCUCCUGCAGAAAAUGAUAAGGAUACAAUCAAUUCUUGGUCUGCACUCUGCAACGAAGCUACUUAUAUUAAUCAAAACUUUGCUCGUCAAGUGCUUGAACCUUCCACUGCUGUCACAUUCGACAAGGCCAAUCCUUUUGCUACUGCUGACACCACUAAUAAGCUUGCUUCUUGUGGUUACCGUUAUCGUCAAUUCAACCUUGCAUCUACCAAUCAAGAUGAAUCUGUGGAACCCAUCAACAUGAUUGUCCGUACCGAAGUCGAUGCUGCUGUCAAGACGGGUAACAAGAACACUUUGGUGACCAUCCGUGCUUUGAAUGAAUUUGAUCCAAAUGCUCAAGGUGCCGGUGGUGCAUUAUCAUGGAAGAAAAGUUUGGAUUCUCAACGUGGUGCUGUGGUAGCUACUGAAAUGCGAAACAAUGCUGCCAAGUUAGCUCGAUGGGCUGUCCAAGCUUUGUUGGCUGGUGCUGAACAACUCAAAUUGGGUUAUAUUGCUCGUGCUACUCCCAAGGAUAAUUCUCGUCAUGUCAUUUUGGGUACCCAAGCCUACAAACCUCGUGAUUUUGCUGCUCAAAUGAACUUGUCCUUGACCAAUGGUUGGGGGAUUGUCAAGGCCGUCGUGGAUAUGUGUUUACAAUUACCUGAUGGUCGCUAUGUCAUGAUGAAGGAUCCCAAUAGACCUAUCUUGCGUAUUUAUGCUGUCCCUGGUGAAGAUGAUUUGGAUGCCGAAUAUGAUGAUGAAGAAGGUACCGAACAAGAUGAUACUACCAUUGACAAUUAGUUUUCUUUUUUUUUUUCUAUAUCAUUUACUUUUACAAUUUUGUGUUUUAUUUUUUUUUUUUUUUAUUGUUUACCACAUUAUGCAUUUGUCAUUCC